CCUCUGUAUCCUGAAGGGGAUUUACCCCCAUGAGCCCAAGCAUAAGAAGAAGGUGAACAAGGGCUCCACUGCAGCCAGGACCUUCUACCUCCUCAAAGACAUCAAGUUUCUCCUUCAUGAGCCCAUUGUCAACAAGUUCCGGGAGUAUAAGGUGUUCGUCCGGAAGCUCCGGAAGGCCUAUGGGAAGAGCGAGUGGAGCACCGUGGAGCGGCUGAAGGACAACAAGCCCAACUACAAACUUGACCACAUUGUGAAGGAGAGGUACCCAACCUUCAUCGACGCUGUGCGGGACCUGGACGAUGCCCUCUCCAUGUGCUUCCUCUUCUCCACCUUCCCGCGGACCGGCAAGUGCCACGUGCAGACCAUCCAGCUGUGCCGGCGCCUCUCCGUGGAGUUCCUCAACUACGUCAUUGCCUCCCGUUCCCUGCGCAAGGUUUUCCUCUCCAUCAAGGGCAUCUACUACCAGGCUGAGGUGCUGGGACAGCCAGUCACCUGGAUCACCCCCUACGCCUUCGCCCAUGACCACCCCACAGAUGUGGACUACCGUGUCAUGGCCACCUUCACGGAGUUCUACACCACCUUGCUGGGCUUCGUCAACUUCCGCCUCUACCACUCCCUCAACCUGCUCUACCCACCCAAGAUCGAAGGCCAGGCGGAGGUUGAGCUGAAACCCGCGGAGGGCGAGGCGUACGCCAUGGAUUCGGAGAGCUACCUGGAGAAGCUCUCAGCCUUGAGUGCCAGCUUGACCCGUGUGGUGGCACCAACCCCGGAGGAUGACGUGGAGAUGGAUGAGUUCCCCGUGGAGGGGGAGACUGCUGAGCAGAUGGAUGCAAAGAAGAAGGAGCAGGAGGCCCUGGAGAAGCAGAAGAAGCUGUUUGAAGGGCUGCGCUUUUUCCUCAACAGAGAAGUGCCCCGAGAGCCGCUGGCCUUCGUCAUCCGGUGCUUUGGGGGCCAAGUGUCCUGGGACAAGUCUGUGUGCAUCGGUGCCACCUACGAUGUGAGUGACCCGUCUAUCACGCACCAGAUUGUUGACCGGCCCCGUGUGGAGCAGCAGGUUGUUGGCAGAUACUACCUGCAGCCUCAGUGGGUUUUUGAUUCUGUCAACGCCAAGCUGUGCCUCCCUGUCGCUGACUACUUCCCCGGCGUGCUGCUGCCCCCACACCUCUCGCCCUUCGUCACGGAGCAGGAAGGAGACUACAUCCCUCCGGAGAAGCUGAAACUGCUGGCCAUGCAGCGGGGCGAGCAGCCAGGUGAAGAGAGCGAGGAAGAGGAGGAGGAGGACAAUGAGGAAGAGGAGGAGGAGGAAGAGGAGGAAGAUGACUCUGAAAAGGAAGAAGAGACGAAAUUGAAGAAGAUGGAAGAGCAGAAGACUCAGAGCAAGGGACUCCCGGUGACGGUGACGGCCGGCAAGGUGCGGCUGGAGGACAAGCAGCGCCUGGAGCAGGAGCAGCAAAGCGAGGAGAAGCGCCUGGCCAUCAUGAUGAUGAAGAAGAGGGAGAAAUACCUCUACAAGAAGAUAAUGUUUGGCAAGAAACGCAAAGUUCGAGAGGCAAACAAACUCGCCGAGAAGAGAAAAGCCCACGAUAUGGCCAUGAAAGAGGAGAAGAAGAAAAGCAAGAAGGCGCGACGGGCAUGAUGGCAUCUCCAAGGCUCCCCUCGAGGGGAA